AUGAGAGGCUGCCAAGCCCAAAAGGCUAUCCUCAGGCCUGCAGUCAGGCCCAUUAGAGAGGCAACACAGUGUUGCCUAUUUUCGUCAGAUGAGGAGGAUCACAACAAUGAAGCGGAGCACUCUGCCACUUCCGACAUUUUGAAAUAUUCUCCAAGGAAAGCAGCCAUCCCCAGAUCUCCUGAUUCCGAGGGAUAUGGCAGAAAGGCUGGCAGAGAUAUCCGCUUCACCACAGGUAUAAAGAGCGUUCUCCAAAUACUUGGAUUUUACGAUGUUCCGGCAGCAUACGCGGAGUUGCUUAUAUGGAGAGAGUUCGACGAGGCACUUGGUAAGUAUAAGAAAAUGGUCAAGGCGAACAGAGACAAACAUCUGAAAAAUGUGGAAAGGAUAAUGUGGCAAAUGGGAGGAAAGAGUAUCGAUUUUAACAGGAAAAUGAUGACAAGGUCGGGGGUAGGUGAAUUUUACGAUUAUUUAAGGGAGAACAAAGUUGAUGCUCAGACAACCGUCAAUUAUUACAAAUCUUUUUGCGAAUUCCUUGAACAUUUUCUUAACAAUACUGACAUGAUUGCGGAGGACCACAGGGAAUAUGUAAGAUUGGAUCACCUUCUCCGGUUUUGCAAGAACAUGGGAGUUCUGCAGAAAGACGCCCAUGAAUCAUACAGAAAGAAGGUUGUGAUUGUAGCCCCUCCUCCGACACCAGAACGAUUGCAUGCGGUAGUGGACGCCAUUGGUAAGUAUGCAAAGACGAAGAUGAGGGAACUGAAGUCGAAGAAGAUUAAAGUCAACCGCGACAUCGUAGCAGUCUUCAAUUGCUACAUAGCAGCCGAAGUCUGCCUUCGUCAUGGACAAAGGCAAAGCGUGAUCCAAAACUGGGAGAUUGAGAGCUAUUUAAACGUUCUUCAAUUACCAGAAUGCACAAUCAUCACGGAAAAGGGUAAGUGGUUUGUGAUCCCCAUUCACAAACAUAAAACCUCCAUGAAGUUCGUCGCGAGGAUAAUUUUUGAUGCCGACAUAGUAAGUUUUGUCAAGAAUUACAUUAAAAUUGUCAGGGACGAAAUUGUGCAGCGUACCGGCACAACAAGCCCUAAUUGCAGUAUGACGGGGAAGGGUUUGUCAGAGUGGCACAGGGACUUGCAGAUGCCCAACAUCGUCUCCAAAUGA